UUCUUUGUGUUUGAUGUGGCUUCUUUUUUUUUUUUUGGCUGAGAUGGAUGCUGAGAUGUCUCUUGGCCCCACCACCACUUCCUCCGCCGCUUCCAUAGCACUCUUCAGGUCCAGAUCCGACAAAUUGAAUUUGGAUCCUAGGGUUGAUCCUCAUCGGGAUUCUUACGAGGAGCCAUUGUCGUCUCCAUCCUCCUCUUGGUUCUCAACGAUCUUCUCCGGACGCCGGAAAAAGCAACAAUCGAGAAUGUUCUACAUGGACAUGGAGGAACUAGCUGUUGGCGAACGGAGAUCUUGUAGGGUGGUCGAUCGGGGAAUGUCGCCUGUUAGGAGUGAGAAUACCAAGGACGAGGGCGUGAUCGAGCGACGUAUGGGAGCUCGCAGGAGGUGUCACCUCAGUGACGGUGGCGGAGGACACCAGUGCCUUGCCGACGAGGGAAGGCGGCUCGUGAGCAGGGCAGAAACGUGUCCAAAUUGGCGUUCUGUAUGAGUCCUCGGGUGAGGGCGAGCCCGAACCGGCACUAGAACUAGAAGGGAGGAUUGCCGCCAGAGAUAGCAUUUAUCGGCGAGAUUCUAGCUCCCGUAAAGCCAUGCUUGGCUGCAGUGGCGCCGUUUUGCAAGAAUUGAUCCAGAAAACUUGCUGAUUUUGGCAUAGUACAUCGCAGCCGUUGAGAAUUGGUGAUAAAGAUCUGACCGGAAA